AUGGCACGUGUUGUAUCUGAUACAUCAUCAUUCAGUUCUGGAAAUCUCCCCAUCAUUUGUUCCAACCCGUCGCCAUUUAAGACCACCGAUGAGGAGAGAAGAACCGCAUAUCGUCAUGCUCUUCAAAUAGUCUUACUUGAGUAUAGUCAUGAACCAAGGUUUCAGAAGCAAUAUAUGCAACAAGGAGCUCUUUCGGAAAGAAAAGACGUGUCGAAUAUAACUCUUUCAAUGACUCAAAGUAAUCGUGAUCCGAUGGCCACAACAUUUUCAGAAGAGCAAGCACUGAACUAUGUUUUAACUCUUUUACGUGAGUACAUUUACAAAAUUAUUAUAAGAGAGGUCGACCUACAAAAUGAAAAUUUAAGAAGAAGUUACUCUAGAUUUUACGGUAAUAUCUUAGCUGGGGGCCCUCCAUCAGCUAUGACAGUUGAAGAACUUAUAAUGCAAUUCUCAAAGGCAGCCAGUAAUGAAUUAUGUAAACUUCCUAUUAAGGAUGUUUCUAAGGAAGUAACAAAAGAGACUGAAGAAUUUGUGAACUUCUUACUUAGUUUGGUACCGAAGGAAGCGCCUACCCUUUCCCAAAAGAUAAAGAAUAUUAGAGACAUUCAAAAAGUAAGAAAGCCUGUUUCUAAUCGACGUCCUUUACCGAGACAACAAUUAGAUGGAACUCAAAUUAAUCGGCCAAAUUUCACUGUAUCAAGUAUUACCCACGCGAAAUACUUCGCUAAUUUAUUUGAAGUGGAAGAUGAUUAUUUGCAACGAGACAUUGACGUCAUUCUGCCGAAUGUUACUAGUAAAAUAUAUUGUUGGGAAUUAUCUCGUUUGAGCAACAAUUUGAAAAAAGGGAAGGGAUCAUUGUCAAGAAAUGAUUUUCAUAAUGAACGUGAGUACAAUUCAUGGAAAAAUUAUGAACAGGGUGAAAUUGCAUCCCAACUUGAUCGGUUUGGCGUUGAGAGCCGAGACCUAGCUUCAAUGAACUUUCCGAACAUUAUUCCACAAUACCCUCGUGAAACCUUCGUAGCAUUGCUGUGUUUUGUUUUUAGAAAAGAGUGUCCAGCAGAUAGCAAAUCUAUUAACUUAUCUCAAGCAGCGAUGUUUUUCCUAACGAAAUGUUCCAAGUAUUGGAGAGUAGAUUUCCCAACGACCUUGGCUGCAUUAGUUUAUAGUGCAGCCAAUAAGAGCAUAUUGUCACAAGAUUUUUUGAAUCCAGAAUUAACGGAAAAUCUUUUCAGCAUGAUACGCAGAAGGAUUUUAAAAUCAGAUGAUAAUAUAGACACUUCUAUAUGGAAUACUACCGACCGGGAUCAAUGGAUACUUAAUCUGUUAACUACAGGUAAACAAUGUAUUAACUCCUUGUGUGGCUUAAUUUCACAAUUAUACGAGGAACCAAAGCCAACUUUUUCUCCAAUACUACGAUUCUAUUUUCAAUAUAUUGAAGAAGAUCCAUUCAUUUCAUCUUUACUGGAAAGCAAUAAAUUUACAGAAAAGAGCAAAUGGAUAAAAAAAUUAAGGAAAAAACUCAAGGAUACCAGUGUAGACUUUUAUAUGUCCCAGAUAAGGAAAAUUCCAAGAGAUAACACUAUCGAGUUUCAACACUAUCAAGAUGUAGUUGAAUCAAUUUAUAGGCAAAUUAAGCUCUUACAAAAGAAAUACAGCAAGCCUCUAUUGGAUAUGAUAAAUAUCCCUGUUAGUUGUGCUGAUAUAUUACUGAAGGUUUUCUGUACCGAUGUAGUCAAGAUACUGGGGACUAUUGAAAAAAAGGGAAAGAAAGACUCACUUGGUCCUAGUAAUGCCCUCGACCUAUAUAAAAGUAUGAAGGAUUUAAGGUUUAUCUACGUUCAAGUUGAGACAGAGGAGGACUUUCCCAUUAAAUUGGAAGACUUCUUUAACAAAUAUCUAAGGCGUUUGUGUAAUGAAGCCACCCUGACUGAAGAUAAAAUUAUAAAGAAGUCGUUAAAGGAUGAAAAAUGGGAAAGUAUACAUGACGAUGCAAGAAUUAGUUUUUCAGUGACGGAUAUCUUCAAAUCCAUUAAUCAGAAUAUUAAGAUGUUUCAAGAAAUUGAAUGGGGAGACGAAUAUCAAAUAGCAAAAGUUCUUACUAAGCUACUCAACUCUUUUUUGGAUGGAUUACAAUUUUACAGCAAAUUUGUUCUCGAUUUAAUUCAAAGAGAUAUGCAAGGAAAUAGUGCAACUAUGGCCCCAGAGGGGACGACUAGGACAACCGAAAAGAAUGUCUCAGCACGCCCAAGCAGCACAUUACUUCAUGGAUUAAGAAAGGUAGUUGGAGGAUCUUCGUCUUCAUCUUCGUCAAACGUGCCACCCCCCUAUCAGUAUAAAGUCCAAACCUGUGUUAUGUUGAACGAUUUGUACCAAAUGAAAUCAAACAUCAGCACUAUAGAAGAUUUAGUAAAUCCAGAGAGGCUUUCAUCUAUUAUAAAGAACCAUGAGAAGUCAACCAAAACCUUAAAAAGACAUAGUUCCGUAACUCCAUCGGUUAUGCAUCAAUUCUAUACAAUCAGAGUUGUUGAAGCAAAUGAUAUCAAAGGUUUUAGUAAUGAUGGCUUAUCAAAUACUUCCGUGACACUACAAAAUAUUGAUGCUCGGAUGGAAAUUGGUUCUACACAAAUAAUUCAUAAAUCAGUGAAUCCGAAAUGGGACCAAGAGUUUGAAGUAGAUCUUCCAUAUAAUAAAGCAUGUUCUAUUUCAAUUAAAUUUUGGCAUCACCCCACGAAUAGAUUCAAGUCACUUGGUGGAGACGAAAUUUGUGGUACCGCAAUGUUGACUCUUGAUCCAAAACGUUUUAAAGAUGAUGGAUACCCAAAUGAUGUUUCAUUGCCAUUGAAUGAUCAAGGGAUGAUAUAUCUACAAGUUUCUCUUGAAAGCGAGAAGGAUGACGUAUCUUUUUCACUAGGGAAAUCGUAUCGUACUUUGGAUAGAACAUGUGAUAGAGUUCUAGAUUUGAUUGUAGAAAAAUUUACAUUAUUUAUUAAGUUUUCAUUUUCCAGAGAAACUUUGGUUUCCUUGCAUGGAUCGGAAGGGACUAAUCAGGUUACAGAGGAUCAAAUUGGUGAUGCAAUUGUCCCUUUAUAUAACUAUAUCGACUUGAAUUUGAAUAUUCUAGGCUCGGGAGUCUCAACAGAACUACUAAAUGCAAUUAUUUUGAAGGUAUGGUUAGUCAUUAUGACAAGCGCGGAUUUUCUAAUGUUACCAUCAUUAUCAACAGCAGAACAAAAGCACAGAAGCAAGUCUAGUAGAAUGUCUCUCUGGGGGGGACAUUCUCAUGAUAUUUCUGGUUAUGGUCGACCAUUAACUUUUAAUGAAAUUAAAACAAUUUUUAGAUGGCUACGGAGUAUCUCAGUAGAUUUCCUCUAUAAUAAUGGACAAGGACCACCUUUAAAAGAAUUGCAUAAUCAUUAUUAUGAGAAUUUACAGAUAAUUUUGAAAUAUUACGACAAAAACGUUCACAGUUUAAAAAAAAAGGUUGAAAAAUUAAUGGCUCAGUUGGAUGACCAAGUGAAGAAGCUUGGUAAAGAUUACUCACCAAAAAGAUAUGUAACUGUGUUGCAGCGUCAAAAAACAAUUAUGGGAAACUCCUCUAGUAAGAAAAGAAUGGAAUUAGAGAACCAGGUUAAAAUAGAGCAGAACACUCCAUACGAAAAGACAACAGAAUUGUUGGACAUAGUAUUACGAAUCUUGAUAGCUAAAGGAGAAGGAAAAUAUGUUAGGGCCUGUCAAGCUACUCGCAAGAAAAAAGAGCAUGAAUUAGAAACAAAAAGAAAGGUUAAUGCUGCAAUCAAAGGGAAAAGGUUGAGCAAGUAG